CGUCAUGAGUGAUUAUCAGCUGUUGUGAAACGUCAAAACCUAUAUUUUUGAAGCAAAGGUUUAAAUUUUUACUUUAAAUUUCACUACGUAUCGACAAAAAUAUGAAACUUACAAUAAAAAUACUCAAGGGAGAGGAGUAUGUCAUAGACACCACCGACGAAUCUACUAUUCUGGAUAUAAAAGUCGAACUGGAACGAAAGAGUGCAAUCCCAGUGGAGCAUCAGAAAUUGCUACUGGUAGGCAAAACUCUGGCGGACGAAAAAACGGUAGCUUCCUACGGUAGUAUCAAGGAUGGGACUAAGCUGACGCUGGUGGUGAAGAAACCAGAUUCGUUGCGGGAUGUCAUUCAGCGACACUUCAAGAAAUACCUCCAGGAAGAGCAAUCCCAGCGAUUGACCAACGAGUUUAUGAAGGAUUUCGACGGCAAAAUACAGCAGCUUAGUUUGGAUGACUUAGAAAAGAUUGCAAGUGAUAUUCUAGCGAAAAAAGGACAACGGGUGUGAUCGUAAAAUAAAGGCUACCACUUACCUUAUAA